UGUGCUAUAGGCCUAUAACCAUAGAACAAUUUUAUUAUAUAGUGAUAUUAUUCUGUGAUAUUAUGUUCUGUUGAUAACUAUAGUUAUUGAUAGCGACUAGCAUGCCAUUUAAUUUCCCGCUAUUUUGUGAUUUCUUGACUCAAACCAAUAGAGCAGUGUAAUCAACAUUAAGUUUAUAUUAUAUUUUUAUCAAAAUCUAAUUAAAUCAAUUUAAAAAAAUGUCUCAAAACGAAAUAAGUAACUAUGUAAGGACUGCUGAAGAUGUAAAAAAAGUCAUUGAGCAUGCAAAACUUUCGGAAAACGAUCUUAAACCAAAUGUACAACCUAUUUAUUUUGGAGAGAAGUUUGAAAACUACAAACUGUUGCAGCUAGAUGAAAACAUUCUUUCAGAUCUUAAAUGUGGCCAAACUGUGGUAUUCAAAGGAGAUCAUAAAGAAUCUGCUGUAUUAUGUACUAAGACUAAGACCUAUGAUGUUAAAGAAGCUGAAACAUCAAAUUCAAUUUUAUUACUUCCUGAAUUAACAUUUCCGGAUGAAGAUACCAACACCACAGAACUUACUAGCAGAAAAGUAGUUGGUAUUUUCCACACAUAUAUUGAAGUGAAACCUUGUAAACCACGUCUUAAAAAGUUGAGAAAUCUACUAGAAAAGUGUAGCUACAAAGGAUCAGAACUCGAAAAAGAAGUAUUGGCAUCUAAUGAAAUGUAUACGUUUGAGCAUUUAUCAGCCAAAAUACAAGCUAGCGAUGAUCAACUAAAAGAAGCUCUCAAAGAAAUGGGUGCAUUCCAAGUUGAUGGUAAUUGGAGAAUACUAGAUUUUGAAUAUGAAUGUAGAGCUUUAUCAUUUUUAUUAAAUUUGAUUGAUGAACAGUCAUGGCCUUAUAAUACAAUACCUAUGGACGAAACUCUUAAUAUUCUCAGUGAAUUAUUGCCUCCAGUAAUAUUGCAACACAUCAUUGAUCAUUAUAGUACUUGGUGUGUUUCAUCAAAUUUAAGUCUAACACAUAGAUCAUUAAUUGAAGACAAAGUGUGUAGAUUUAUGGCUGUUGGACUUUUACGUCCAUGUGACAAAUUUAAUUUAACUGAUUUUAAGACAGCCUGGCAAGGAAGUGUUCCAGAAGGAAUGACUACUAAUUUGAAACAAUUGGAUGGUACAGUUCUUGUUGAUCAAACCAGUCAUCCACAGACAAUUUGUUAUUUUAAUGAACAAGACUUACCAGAUGAUAUAAUCGAUAGAUUUCAAUACUUAUUUCAAGUCAGAAGUAAAUGGACAUUUAACGAAAUUCAACCAUUUCUCGAAAAAUUGUCUACUGAUAAAUUAAAUGUAAACAACUUAUUGGCCAAGUAUACUAGAGCUACUAAUGUGGACGGUGUGCGAUUUUAUUGUUCAAGACAUAGUUCAAAGUAAUCAGGAACAAUGUAUGGUUUAUAUUUAAAAUUUAAAUAGUUGACGUUUGUGUCUUCGACAAACAGAUUUACAACAAGGAUCUGAGCACGAAGACCAUUUUGGACAUUUUUUACGAUCACAUCUCACUUUUCCAUCCUGAAAUAAAUUAUCAUUUAAUACUGCAGUAACACAUAGUUUUAUUCAAAACUAAAAUAUAAAAACAGUAUUAAUUUAACUUGGUUGAACUUCAAAUACAUUACAGUUGAUGUUACAGUUAUGGAAUAAAAUAUUGUUGAUUAAUGUGUUAAUAAUAAUUUUAUAUAUUAAAAUAAUAUUUAUAAUUUAUGUACAUAUAGUUAUAAGUUAUCUGAAAUAUGUGAGUCUAAAAAAUAAUAUUUUGAGAUUUUAUAAUAAAUAUAUACUUUUUUUAAA